UCACUCGAAGCGGUUCGAUUAAAAACCAAGAAAAUCUUAAAGGGAGGAUCGAUCUCUCAAGCAAAGAAUUAUAAAAAGAGAUCUGCAAACAUAUAAGAAAUCAGAGCCUCAGAACCCUGCAUUAUCGCCGCUUGAUGAUAACCUCCACCUCUGGAGGGUGGACUUGGACUCGGCUCAGACAACAGACAGCAGUAGGAAGUUGGACCCAUCAUCCAUCAGUCAUCAUCUGGAAUCACAGAGACCAUCAUCGGCUGAAUCAUCUUCCUGAUCAUCGCUGGAUCGAACUAACCAUUUCAGACUGAUAUACGAUCCGUUACACGUUACGACGAGACAUCAUGAUUGGAAAACAGCGCAUUCUCAGGACGGGUGUGGCGGGUCUGCUGUUGUUUACGUGCAGUCUAUAUGCGACUCUCUAUCUGGAGCGUAUAGAGCAAUGGGUCUUGGAGGGGUUCAUGGUAUUGAGACCAAACUCCCUGAUCACAGAUCUGUGGGAGUCCCCUUCGAUGGACACGACCGUGGAUCUUUACAUGUUCAAUUGGACCAAUUCGGAGCACCUCAAUGAUCCAACAGUGAAGCCUCGAUUCGAGGAGUUCGGACCCUACAGGUUCAAGGAAAAGAUGCAAAAGCUGAAUGUGGUCUGGCACGAUGAGAACUCCACGGUCUCGUACAUGCGUCGCAGUCGCUUCGAUUUCGAUGAGGCGGGCAGUGCGGGUCGCCCCACGGAUCCCAUCGUGGCCCCCAAUCUGCUGAUUGUUGGCAUUUACCAGAAGAUGUGGAGCUGGAGCCCCAUGCUGCGGACCCUUAUGAUGAUGACCCUGAAUCUGUACGGCAAGGAGACCACCAUGGUUCGUCCUGCCGGUGACUGGAUGUUCGAUGGCUUUGACACGCCUCUCCUCAAGAUGAGCAAAAUGGUUCCCACCAACUUGAUGCCCGAACUUAAUUUUCCCUACGAGAAAAUUGGAUAUGCUUAUCCUCGCAAUGGCAGCAUGGAGAUCUAUGGCCAUCACAAUGUCUACACGGGACGCCAGGACUUUAGUAAGUUGGGACAGAUCGCCCGUUGGCGGUAUAACAAUGUCACUGCCUCAAGUCCCAGAUGCCGACUAAAGGGAAGUGCUGGGGAGUUCCAUCCGAUUCCUUUGGAAAAGGGCAGAAAUAUCUCCUACUUCCUUCCCGACAUUUGUCGCGAACUGGAGGUGGACUACCACUCUACCACCGUUUUCGAGGGCGUAGAGGGAUAUGUUUACAAGGGCAGUGCCCGGAACAUGGCAAAUGGCACUGAUAAUCCACAAAAUAGUUGCUACUGCCAGGAGAACUGCCAGGAGGUACGAUCGGGUUUGUUGAACAUUUCCUCCUGCUGGUACGGAGCGCCCGUUUUUGCCUCCUAUCCACAUUUCCACGAGGCCGAUCCGUAUUAUGUGGAACAGGUGGAUGGAAUGAAACCAGAUAAGGAUCGUCAUGAAUUGGUGGUCAUUCUGGAGCCGAAGACGGGCAUGAUUCUGGAGAUCAAGGCACGCAUAAUGGCCAGCCUUCUUGUAGAGCCACGACCAUCAGGAAUCUAUCGCAAGUCGCGUCGGACAUUCUUUCCCCUAAUCUGGGCCGACUACCAUGUGCGCAUCACUCCCGAUCUUUUGACCUACGUCAAGCUAAUACCGAUCAUGGAGAGCCUGGGAAAGGUAUGCGGCUGCCUGGGCAUUGCCCUGGGUCUGGUAAUGCUGUUGUGGUAUCCGAGACAGAUGCUCUGGAAGAAGCAUCUCAUGCAGAAGAUCGAAAUCAAUGCACUGGACACUCGCACCCCUGAACAGAUAAAGGGAGUGGAAGAGUCCCCGCUGCUGAUCGGUGUCCAAUAUGUGCCCGCCAUCAAGGAGGGGGCGAGUCCAAGCUGAAUAGAGGUCCUAUCUGUUAACACUAGCUGUACGAGUAUGACAUGUGAUAGGGAUAAGGGCUUAGCGUCUGUCUUGCCUAGUCUACAGUCUAAGUUAAUAAAUGUUAAAGGGUCUUCAAUUACUCGAUGCUUUAAAAGUGUCGUUUUGAUGGAUUGGUCACUGCGCUGGAUGGAUGAAUGGAGCUGUGGAUUGCCAAAGUAUUUGUAGCAGUAAAAAAGACGCCCCUACGUACAAUAUCAUUCCUUGUCAUACUGAAUCAUACAGUCAUACAAUAAAACAACAGUAAAAGCAACCACUUGCCACCCUCAUGACCGAUUAAAAGUAUGGAAGUAUCGAA